AUGCUUACCUCCACAUCCGCCGGCAUGAACACUGGCACCGGACCGUCCACAGUGGCCAUCCGAGGACACAACAAUACUGGAACUAAUCAUAACAAUAACAAUAUACCACAAGCUUUGUUGAUGACAAAUGUUCCCGUUCCCUCCCUAGAUCGGAGUGCCACUCCUCCACCGAAUCCAGCCUAUUGGCCUAUGCCUGAAUACACGUAUACAGGAACUGGAAGCCAUGAGUACGAUGUUCCGCGACUAUUUGACUCUAUGGGACAAACUAAUCGAGCAGGUAUGCUCUCACGGUCCACAGUCCCUGAUUCCACAUCGCCCAUGAUGAACCAACCAUUUGUCAGUUUGAAUGGGACCUCUCUGGGUAUGCCGUUAUCACCUUGUCUCAAUCCUCACCUAUCCCUGACCGAGCAUCGUAUGCACCCAAAUUCCUCCAUCUGCCCCGGUAAUUCUGUGAUCCCAACUCAAUGGUCACAGACAGCAAAACCGGGCAUAAUAGCUCUUAUGAACCCGUUGCUCAACUGGACCUCGAACUUGGUCAACGGGGCCACAAUGUCCGUUCGACCUGACGACCGUCCAAUCCUGGUUAAUGGACAUUACGCACAGUAUCCAUCGAAUCAUUCAGCGUCAAUAUACUCCACUGACUAUCCGACCUAUUUACAAACACGACCCUAUCCACAUCAUCAUCAUCAUCCACAUCAGCAGUCUCAGUUUCGUCCUCUAAUCGAAUUGACGACAGCAGUUGCCAGUAGGACUGCCGCGUCGGCUAACAGUCCAGGCAAUCUUCAUGCCUCACCAGUCACAAAAAUCUCAUCAUCAUCCGGUUUGGUUGAUGUGGACCCCUGGUCACCAGAUACAUUUUUGAACCGGGCACCGAUACAGCAGCAUAGCGCUGCGCACACUGUCGAAACCAACCUAUCAGUAAAUGGUUCCGAUCCUUGCUGA